UGACAAUACAAAAACAACACAAAGCUAAACAGAUAUUCUGGUUGAAGCAACUGGUAGUCCAUCCUGCAUAUAAGUUCCAGCGGUGGUAGGUUCUCCUUAUUCUGUUGGGGACAUGGAACACCUCUAUCCCAUCUUACUUUGGGCAGGAAGAAUGGCAGCCAUUAGCUUACUCGUACUAAUCACCUGGGCAAUUUAUUACGAUCGGUCCAAGACGAAAAUGGCCCCCGGAUUUGACCAUCCAUGGAAGCUUCGCACCCUUCACUGCUUACUUAUUAUGACAAUGACACUGGGCAAGAUCCUCGAAUGGUCGGGCCUCUGCAAACAGAUCAGCUUUACCCGUUUCAUGUUGAAUCUCAAGAUCGCAAAGCUACAUCCUAGCCUCUCCACCAAGGACCUUUGUUUCGACGGAGUGCCGGUUCGGAUCUACCAGCCGAAAGCUCCCUCUGCUGGCCGAAGGAAAGGAUUCGUGUUCUUCCACGGGGGAGCCGGAAUGAUGGGAAGCAUCGAUUACUACCAAGACGUUUGCUCUAAACUUGCCAAGGAGAGCCAGGCAGUGCUUGUAUCUGUGGGGUAUCGCCUCUCUCCCGAACAUCCAUACCCCACACAGUGUGAGGACUGCCUCGCGGCGACGGUUCACUUCAUGAAAAACGCCGAGAUCUAUGGGGUGGAUUCUUCCCAGAUCGUCAUUGGCGGAGACAGCGCCGGAGGCAAUUACGCCACUGCAAUUGCCCAGAAAUUGGUGGGGAGACCCGACCUUCCAAAACUGAGAGCUCAAGUCCUGAUGUACGCAGGUACCCAAGCCAUGGACUUCAACUUGCCUUCUUAUCAGCAGAACGGCACGAUGCCGCUCUUGUUCCGGGACAGCGUGACUUUCUAUGGCCUGAAAUAUUUCGGAAAGAGCACUUCUUUGUCCGACGACCUGCUGAGGGGUUGUCACGUGCCGGAUGAAAUGAGGCUGAAAUGCAACAAGUGGAUAAGCCUGGAGAACCUUCCGGAGAGAUCUCUGCGCAGAGGCUAUCAACAAAUCCCAGAAGCUCCUUGCAAGCUCGAAGUGUACGAACAAUUGCCGGAGAUCCUUGACAUCUCUUUCUCUAGCCUUUUUGCUGACGAUGCCAUCAUUCGACAGCUUCCGGAGACUUUCAUGGUGACCUGCGAAUACGACGUGCUUCGGGACGACAGCUUGCUCUACAAGAAGCGCUUGGAGGACAACGGCGUCAAAGUCAGCUGGUUCCAUUCAGAAAACGGGUUCCAUGGCGUGAUAAACUGCAUCGACUUGUGGUUUCUCACAUUCCCUGCUGGGAUAGAAAUCCUGGAUCGUGUCACGGAAUUUGUCCAGAGUUUAUAAAUGCUUUCUGCUGAAAUUGUAACUCCAUAGCGGCCACGAAGUUGUGUGUGUUUGGUGCCAUUUCACAUACAUGUUUAUAUAUUGUGUCUUGGAGAUUGUACGCACUAAUGUAGGCAACAUCCAGGUGGUUUGCAUCACAUAUGAUCUCCACAUUGUUAUGAACCCAAAGAGGUUCCUGUUCUUUGUGCAGAGUGUUCAAGGAAUAGUAAGGUAGUUUAGAUCAAUGGGACACUUUAGAGACCAAAUUUGGGUUUGACACUAUUCUUGUAACAUUUAUUGAAAUACAAUCAUCACAGAAUCAUAUCAGAAUUACAUCAAGGAGAGCUCUUGUGCACACACACAUUCACGCAUACUCACGCACACACAGGCCUCCUCCGGCGAAGAUGAUCAGUCUUUUCCGAGGAGGUGCGGAUGCUCCGUUGCCAUGGAUCAGGAAGCGUACAUGCUCUUGGGGUCCCCUGCAU